AUUCUAGGACGAGAGAGAGAAGUUAAUACAGUGUUUCGUCGGAAUUCAUAGCAAAACGUCAAGAUGCAUUUCUCUCAAAAAUUUUUUAUAUUUUUGUUACUGUCACUCGUACUCUGCAUUGGAUUCUGUUCAGAAGAUGAGGAGAGAUUAGUUCGAGAUUUAUUCAGAGGCUACAAUAAAUUAAUACGGCCAGUUAAAAAUAUGACAGAAAAUGUUCUUGUCAGAUUUGGCCUUGCAUUUGUACAACUUAUCAAUGUGAACGAAAAGAACCAAAUUAUGAAAUCUAAUGUUUGGUUGAGACUCACAUGGACGGACUAUCAACUUCAGUGGGAUGAAUCCGAUUAUGGUGGAAUUGGCGUUCUUAGAUUGCCACCUGAUAAAGUAUGGAGACCUGAUAUUGUGCUUUUUAACAAUGCGGAUGGAAAUUAUGAAGUACGUUACAAAAGUAACAUCUUGAUAUAUCCGAAUGGCGAAGUACUGUGGGUGCCGCCUGCUAUAUAUCAGAGUUCAUGUACCAUCGACGUCACAUACUUCCCCUUCGAUCAGCAAACUUGCAUCAUGAAAUUCGGCUCCUGGACAUUCAAUGGAGAUCAAGUCUCCCUGGCCCUGUACAAUGACAAGAAAUUCGUGGACUUAUCCGACUACUGGAAGAGUGGCACGUGGGAUAUCGUCAGUGUUCCCGCGUAUCUCAACGUCCACUCCGACAGCGAACCAACCGAAACAGACAUCACAUUUUAUAUAAUUAUCCGAAGGAAAACUCUUUUUUACACCGUCAACUUGAUCCUGCCAACCGUGUUGAUUUCCUUCCUCUGUGUCCUCGUGUUCUACCUGCCAGCCGAGGCCGGUGAAAAAGUCACACUUGGCAUCAGUAUUCUCCUCUCGCUGGUCGUGUUCUUACUUUUAGUCAGUAAAAUUCUGCCACCCACUUCACUCGUACUGCCACUCAUUGCCAAAUAUUUACUAUUCACAUUCGUCAUGAAUACCGUGAGUAUAUUGGUCACUGUGAUUAUCAUCAACUGGAACUUCCGCGGUCCCAGAACUCACAGAAUGCCGCCGUCAAUCAGGAAAAUAUUUUUGAAAAUUUUACCAGCAAUUUUGCUCAUGAGGAGACCAAAGAAGACCAGACUAAAGUGGAUGAUGGAAAUACCCAAUGUAACACUGCCAACUUCAACCUACUCUGGGAGUCCAACUGAAAUUCCGAAGCAUCUACCGCCUUCCAUGAACAAGUCGAAAAUGGAGGUGAUGGAGUUGUCGGACUUGCAUCAUCCCAACUGUCGUGCCAACAGGAAGAAUCAUCACAUCAGUAGCUCCAGUACUGCUGGGGGAGGUAUUGAAGCAAUGGGCGAUAGAAGAGGCUCAGAAAGUUCCGACUCUGUUCUCCUUAGUCCCGAAGCAAGUAAGGCGACGGAGGCUGUGGAAUUUAUUGCUGAACAUUUGAGAAAUGAAGAUUUGUAUAUACAGACAAGAGAAGAUUGGAAAUACGUUGCGAUGGUGAUUGAUCGUUUGCAGUUGUAUAUUUUUUUCAUCGUAACAACUGUUGGCACAGUUAGUAUUUUAAUGAAUGCUCCUCAUAUUUUCGAAUAUGUGGAUCAAGACAGAAUUAUUGAAAUUUACCGAGGAAAAUAAUUUGUAGUCAGCUCACACAUAAAAAAUACCAUAAAGUAUUAUUUCUUAAAAUAUUCUUUAUAAUCUUCCAUAAUGAUACACUGGAUCAUUUUCAAUGAAAUAUGAAAAUCAAACUUUUCGAGACCAAACAUUUGUACGCCAGCAUUUUUUCGAAAGCUGUUGACGCAAUUCUCUAAAGUAAUUCACUAACAAGUUUGGACAUGAAUCCAAAGAUUUUUACAAAACCGAAUAACGAAACGAACAAGUAAUUAGUCUGGAAUUGAAGUCGCUUAAAAUGAAAUAUGAAAAAUAUGAAAAUGUCAAGACCAAGUGUGUCAAUCCUGUUGACAAGUGUGACACUAGACAAGUGUUAAUAACAGCAAUUUUUGGAGCAAUAUAUUUUCCUAGAAAUAUUAAUAUUUGUCAAUAUAAAUGAAUCAGAAUCUGUUUUCAUUUGACUACAAUCCAAUCUAACAGGCUAAGUUGUUGUCUUUCACUUUAAAUUAUGUAAUAAUGUUAAUUAUUAAUAUAUUGUAAACAUUUCUGACCUAAGUAUUGCUUGUAAUAAAAGAUUUACGAUGUGUUUAUAGUUGUGAUUAUGAAUAUUCAACGAAAGAUAUAAAAAAUUUACUUAUAAUGGUUGCUAAAUAAAUUUAGAUAAUUGGAAAAUGAGUAUUGAAAGAUCUCUAAGGGAAGGUAAAGAGUUCGUAAAAGACAGCGUACCAAUGUGGUUCCUUUUAGGCUAACAGUAAGCAUAUUACGUUUCUCUACUCUCCGAAUCAAAAGCAGUCUCUGGUUCAGAUUGAGAGAGUAGGAUGCAUCCGCCCUUGUGCUAAAACAAUUUAUACCUAACACGAAAUAUCCUUUACCUUAUUUUGCAAGAAGGUGCAAAACUAACAAUAAACUACAAUUUAAUGCAAUCCACCGAGUUUGCAGUGGAACUAAGCGUGUAAUUUAGAAGAACACCCACAUCAUAAAUACAUAUUUUGAUGACUGCAGAGGUAAAAUGAGCGAUUCAAUUAUAAAUCGAAAUCAAACGUUUACCGUCUGCUAAAUAUUAUUUUAAAGUUAAGUUUUUUGUAAAAUAAUAAUAAAAAAAUGCAAUGGAACUAUGUUCUUUUUCGAGAAAAAGUUUUUUACUUAUAGU